UCCCGGGCCGGGAUUCACAAGAGAGACAGCGAAGGGACCGAGCCGGGCAGCGGCUCAGGGAAGGACGGGGAGGAGCCUGAGGGGCGGGCGUGCAGGGACUGCGGAAGGGCCGCCCCGCUCCCUGCCCGGGGCGGUGCUGCUGCUGCUGCUGCGGGAGCGCUCGGGAGCGGCGGGACAGGACGGGGCCAGGAUGGGCCGGACGGUCGUGGAGCUGUUUUACGAUGUGAUCUCCCCGUACUCCUGGCUGGGGUUUGAGGUUCUCUGCCGGUACCAGCACAUCUGGAAUAUUGACCUGCGCUUUCGUCCAGCAUUCCUUGGUGGCAUAAUGCAACAAACUGGUAACAAGCCACCAGCAAUGUUACCAAAGCGUGCCGAAUACCUGCUGAAGGAUAUAAAAAGGAUGGCAAAAUACUACCAAGUGCCUGUAAAAAUUUCCGGAGAUGACUUCCAACGUAUUUUUCGUACAAGCAGUCUUGCGGCCAUGCGCUUUAUCACAGCCACUGAUAUGACAAAACCAGAAUACCUGGAACCCUUAUCUAGGGAGUUCUGGAUACGUUUCUGGUCACAGCAUGAAGAUAUCAGUCAGCCAGAGAACAUAUUGACUGUUGCCCGACAGGCUGGGCUAUCAUCAGAGCUCUCCCAGAAGGUACUUGAAAUGAUUUCAUCCCCUACAGUGAAGGACCGACUGAGAGAGACAACAGAUGAAGCAAUGAAAUAUGGGGCAUUUGGGAUGCCUGCUGUUGUGGCACAUUAUAAUGGGGAACCUCAUCUCUUUUUUGGCUCUGAUCGUUUAGAGCUGCUAGGCAGCGUUAUAGGUGAAAAAUGGCUGGGACCAGCUCCAAGCGCCAAGCUGUGAAAAGUCCCGGGGAAGUAUACAAGAAGGAAAAUACAUAUAUAUAUACACACAGUCAAUCUUCAGUGAUUAUCUGAAUAUAUCCAGUUUUAGGGAGAGAUGGCUUUCUGAUCCAUAACAGUUACUUUUACAGCUUGAUCUCAUCUCCAGUUAGGAAGAAUUUCAAGGUUUGCCAGUAUUACAGUUUGGUGAGGUCUUUACCAAUAGAAAUGUGCUUUCUUUUUUUCAACAGAUCCCAGACUAACAUGAAAGAUCAAACAUUAAAUAUUUAACUUCUUGCAGAUCAAA